AUGCCGAAGAGCAAGCGUGAUCGCGUAGUUCCGCUUACAAAAGUGAAGAAGAAGGGCAAGGCGUGGAAGGAUGGCCUCAUCGAAUCAGUGCGCGCGUGCUUGGAGCAGUACCAACACUGCUACGUGUUUGCCUACGACAACAUGCGCAACGACAAGUUCAAGGAGCUCCGCGAAGACCUGAAGGACACCUCCCGCUUCUGCAUGGGCUCCACGAAGGUUCUCAAGGUCGCGCUCGGCCGCACGACCGCCGAGGAGCACCGCGGCGGCGUGUCGGGCCUCGGGCCGUUCCUGCGCGGCAACGUCGGCCUCUUCUUCACCAACCUCGACAACGACGAAGCCCAGGCAGCGCUGGUCAACUUCUCUCACGUCGACUACGCGCGCGCCGGGUCCGUCGCGACGGAGGCCUUCUCGCUCCCCGAGGGCCCCGUGAUCGGGCCGCACGGGGAUCCGGUCCCGCACACCCUCGAGCGGCACCUGCGGCAGAACGGCCUCCCGACGCGACUGAACAAGGGGGUUGUGGAGCUAGUGGCGCCGCACUCGGUCUGCCGGGCCGGCGACAAGCUGACGCCGCAGCAGGCCGCGGUCCUGCGCGUGUUCGACAAGCGCAUGUCGGAGUUCCGGCUCAGGCCUGUGGCGGCGUGGCACGCAGAGGGCACGGACGGCGGCGACAUCGAGGAGAUCGAACCGGAGUACGCGACCGCGGGGGAUGUCCCGGGACUCGGCGGCGAGGACGACGGGUUCAACAUCACCGUCGUGCCGCUCGAGGAGACCGUCAAGACCUCCCGCGUGCUUCGGAGCAAAAAGUGA